AUGGGGAUAGAGGUCAAAUGUGGCCGAGAGGAUAUCACGGAUGAUGAUGAGGGAAUAGAUGCCCUGAGAUAUGACCAGGAAGAGGAUUCAGGGUUAAGAUUCCACUAUGUAGCUGCUGGAGAACGGGGUAAACCACUCAUGCUGCUGCUUCAUGGCUUUCCAGAGUUCUGGUAUUCCUGGCGCCAUCAAUUGCGAGAAUUUAAAAGUGAAUAUCGAGUUGUGGCACUGGAUUUGAGAGGUUAUGGAGAAACAGAUGCUCCUUCUCACCAGGAGAAUUACAAGUUAGAUUGCCUAAUUACAGAUAUAAAGGAUAUUUUGGAAUCUCUAGGGUACAAUAAGUGUAUGCUGAUUGGCCAUGACUGGGGUGGAAUGAUUGCUUGGUUAGUUGCUAUUUGUUAUCCGGAAAUGGUGACCAAGCUUAUUGUGGUUAAUUUCCCUCAUCCCUCUGUAUUUACAGAAUACAUUCUACGACAUCCUUCACAAUUGAUUAAAUCUGGUUACUACUUCUUUUUCCAAAUGCCUUGGUUUCCUGAAUUCAUGUUUACAGUAAAUGAUUUCAAGGUACUGAAAAACUUAUUUACCAGUCGGACUACUGGAAUUGGAAGGAAAGGCUGUCGAUUAACAGCAGAGGACAUUGAAGCUUACCUUUACAUCUUUUCUCAACCUGGAGCACUAACUGGACCCAUUAACCACUACAGAAAUAUUUUCAGUUGCCUACCUCUGCAGCACCAUGAGGUCACCAUGCCUACCUUGUUGUUAUGGGGAGAAAGAGAUGCAUUUAUGGAAGUUGAGAUGGCAGAAACUACUCGGAUUUAUGUUAAAAAUCAUUUCAGAUUAACUAUUUUGUCUGAAGCCAGUCACUGGCUCCAGCAGGAUCAACCUGACAUAGUUAACAAGUUGAUAUGGACCUUUCUAAAAGAAGAGACAAUAAGAAAAAGAGAGUGACUUUUUCUACAUGUUUUAAAGGUCUACAUAAAAGCUCUUACAUUUUAAAAACUAAUUAUUAGCAGGACCAUAUUUCCAGCCUACCUUCUAAUUUGGGCUCUGUUAGGGAAAAGUGUUUUCGAUGUAUUGUACGUAUUGACACCGAUGUUAUUACUAAAAGAAGAUAGUGUGAGAACAUAUAGUGUUAACAUUGGUUUUACCUGUAUUCUUGUAUUUUGCACAUAAAAACACCUGCCUUAAAAUGUAUGUGUUUGUACAGUAAGGAAAUCAUGGAAAGUUACUUGGUUCUGGUUUCUCACUUGCUUUACACUUGUAAUAUAUGGUGCCUUUCACAAAUUUA